AUGAAGGACGUCGAAGACGAAGCCCCAUCAUCAUCAUCAUAUGAAGAUGGCAAGGAUGCCACGACUGUGGAAGCAACGCCUGUUUCCAGUAAAGGUAAUAAGACCACUACGCUGGCCCGCAAGUUGUCUGCUCGACAAGUACAGAUGAUUGCGAUCGGGGGCACGAUCGGGACGGGCUUGUUUCUCGGGACGGGCAAUUCGUUGGCGACUGGAGGGCCCGGGUCGAUGUUGAUUUCGUACGCGAUUGUGGGGGGCAUCGUCUUCACGACCAUGUUGUGUUUGGGGGAGAUGGCGGCUUUUGUUCCUGUUGCGGGGAGUUUUUGCACGUUUGUAAGUUUUUCUUUUCUUUCCAAAGAGUAUUCGAAUAGGGAAGGGAGGGCCGAAGAAGGUGUUGGGGAAUGCUGACGCUUUUGUAGGCAGGAAGAUUCGUGGAUGAUGCGUUGGGAUUCGCUCUGACGUGGAAUUACUGGGCGAACGAUGCGGUCAGCACGGCGAGUGAUCUGGUCGCUCUGCAACUCUUGCUACAGUACUGGACGGAGUCGUUCCCCGGCUGGGCGCUGAGUCUGAUCUUCCUGUUCGUGCUCAUCGGCCUGAACAUCGUCACCGUCCGAGCCUACGGAGAAGUGGAAUACUGGCUCUCCCUGCUCAAGGUCUUGACGAUUGUCAUCUUCAUCCUCCUCGGCAUCGCGGUCAAUUGCGGCGGCAAUACUUCUCACGCAUACUUCGGUGCCCGCAUCUUCAACCUGUCCCCCUUCCAUGACGGUAUCGGCGGAUUCGCAUCCGUCUUCGUCACGGCUUCUUUCGCAUACGGCGGGACGGAAUCGAUCGCCAUCACGGCCGGCGAGACGAAAGACCCUGCCCGCACCCUCCCACGCGUCGUCCGUCUUGUUUUUUGGCGGAUCCUCAUUUUCUACAUCCUUUCCAUCCUCAUCAUCGGCCUCAACGUACCCUACAACUAUCCCAACCUCUCCAGCAAGACGAGCCACACAUCCCCCUUCACCAUCGUCUUCACGAUGGCAGGCAGCAAAGUCGCCGGGUCCUUCAUCAACGCAGUCAUCGUCACUAGCGUCCUCUCCGCGGGAAACCACGCUCUCUUCGCUGGCUCAAGACUCAUGUACUCCCUGGCCGUGAACGGGCACGCCCCGAAAGUCAUGGGAACCCUCAAUCGACAUCAUGUCCCGUGGGUCGCAGUCCUGGCCACGUCCGCCAUCAGCGGCCUCUGUUUCGGCGCGAGUUACAUCGGCGCCGGACAGCUCUGGACCUGGCUACAGAAUCUCGUCGGCGUAAGCACCAUCCCCACCCACCCAUUCACCCUCGCAAAUUCUCAUCAUCACGACACAUAGCUGACUGACUCUGUGAAUCCUUAGGUCUCCAACCAACUCUCCUGGAUCGCAAUCGGCAUCGCCUCCCUCCGUUUCCGCGCAGCCCUCAAAGCCCAGGGCAAAGAACACCUCCUGCCCUACAAGAACUGGACCUAUCCCUACGGACCCUGGAUUUCCGUCCUUCUGAACGUCGUCCUGGUCCUCGUGCAAGGGUGGAAGAGUUUCGCGCCCUGGAAGCCCGUCGAUUUCGUGAGCUAUUAUGUCGAACUGCCCAUCAUGGGGGUCAUGUUUGUCGCGUGGAAAGUGUGGAAGAAGACGAAAUUUGUGAGGUUGGAAGAGAUGGAUCUGGUGACGGAUCGGUAUGAUCAGGAAUUGACGGUGGAGGAACGGGAAGAGGUGUUGCAGAAGGUUCAGUUGGAGGAUCUGCGGAAGAGAGGAAGGGGUUGGAAGACGAGGGCGAAAGAUAUCGGAACUUGGCUCUUCUUCUGA